AUGGACGACAAGCGCGUUGUCUCAACAGAGACAACGCCUGUCGUCACAAGCGACUUGCCUCAAGAUUCGGAAUCUCAAAACUAUAAAAUUUCCAAAUAUUACUCGGAGAAAUGUACACAAAACGAAGAAAAUAUAGCCGCGAUUUACACCGAGAUGUCGGAUGAUGACGACACAUCUGAACGAACGUCGUCGCCAAAAUGUCAAGGAUUGUUUUGCCGAUUUGACAGAUCUGUCCUUCAGGAGCGUAUUCAGAAGCUUUGCUCAGAGAUGACGAGUCUUCGAGAAAAACUUGACAAAGAGGUGACUCUCUGGAGAAAAGAGAGGGAGGAAUUUCAGUUUUUACGCGAGAGAAGCGAUGCCCUCGCAUUCGAAGAGGCAACUGCAGCCGCACGAGCUGCAGCCGCAGCUUAUGCCGUCGAAUCACCACUCUCGAAUAAUAUUGUGGACAUUACAUCGGAGCAGAGUAUCAGGGAGCUCACGAUACUUGAAUACGAGAAAAAUCUCGCCAAAUAUCAAAACUCGUAUUCCUUGGAGCAAGCCGAGCAACGUUACAAUUUGUAUAAACGCGCGCUUGUCGAUGCAUAUAAGCAGCGACUGUUAGAAGUCGAGCGUCUUUGCGAUGAAGAAUUGGAGAACAUACGCCAAAAUGCGAGUUGUUUGCAACCAUUUAAGGAGAUCGCGUCGCAAUGGUCUAUCGACAAGAAGGAUCGCGGCGAUUCGCAGCGUGUUUGUAAUGAUCAAUCCGAUAUAGAACAAUCCAAGACUGUCGAAACAAUUUUCAGCAAUGACCGGCGCGUAUAUGGGAAACUCGACAAUGAAGUUAAUAUGGUUCCAGAAAUUUUGUGCGCUCGAUUUCAUCAAGAAGAAACAACAUAAUAUUUUUUAUUAAACAUUGACUGUCCCUAUCUUCGAAUUAAUUGUUCUUUUUAUAUAAACGGCUUUAUUUUAUAUUCUUUAUGAGAGAAUGUAAGUUAAUCGAGUGUUCCUUCUGAUGGCUGGAUAAGUUGUGGUGAUGUCACCAGAUAUCAUAUUUAACAAGGCAAUUUAGUUUACUGUGGGGAGCAAUUAAGUUCAAUUUAAUUCCAUUUUCAUGAAUUUAUAUAUUUGACGAGAAAUAUGUUAUGUGUAUUCGUAACUAGCAAAUCCAUGCGUAAUUUUAAUUUUUUUUAAUUUUAUAUUCACUUUGUUGUGAAUAACAUGUGAAAAAUAUAUUUUAUAAAUUUUCUUUUAUUUAUAACGACACAACAUUAAAUCAUAGUAUAUAACUAAUAAAAAAAUGGC